AUGUCCGCCGCAAAGACCCGUGCCCAGUCUCUCAUCGAUGAGAACGCUGUCAUCGUCUUCUCCAAGUCUUACUGCCCUUACUGCAGCUCUUCCAAGAAGCUGUUGUCGAGCCUUGACGCCAAGUACACCGUCCUUGAGCUGGACCAGGAGGAGGAAGGAUCCGCUAUCCAGAACGCCCUCGCCGAGAUCUCGGGACAGCGCACCGUGCCUAACAUCUACAUCAAGCAGCAGCACAUUGGUGGUAACUCUGAUCUCCAGGCCAGGAAGGACCUGAAGCAGCUGCUCCAGAAUGCUGGUGCGCUCUAA